AGUAAAAAACUAAAGCUGGAAAGAGCUGAUCUGUCAUUUCCAGAACACAAUGACUGAUGAGAACACAACUUACGACUACGAUGAAGACUAUGAGGACCAGUUGUGCCGCAAAGACGACGUGGUCAAACUUGGAUCCAUUAUUAUCCCGCUCUUUUUCUCUAUAGUGGUUGUGAUGAGCUGCAUUGGGAACGUCCUCGUCUUGAUCAUCCUGGCGCUUUACGAGAGUCUUAAAUCCUUGACCAAUGUGUUCAUCCUCAAUUUAGCUCUGUCAGAUCUGCUCUUCACCUUUGGUCUUCCGUUCUGGGCUUCAUACUUCAUCCAUGGUUGGACAUUUGGAGAGAUUGGCUGUAAAGCGGUCAAGUUUCUGUUCUACGUGGGCUUUUACAGCAGCGUGUUGUUCUUGACUCUCAUGACCAUUCAGCGCUACAUGGCAGUGGUUCAUCCUCUGUCCGACUGGGAGAAAUGCAGAUGUUUUUCAGUCGCUCCCUAUAUCAUUUGGAUGAUGAGUGGAACGGCUGCGCUGGUCGGUGCACUUCAGAGCAAAGUCAUGAAAGAUCUGAACAACACAUACUGUGAAUAUGAAAGUAUUCCAGUCAAAUCAGGCAUUGCUUAUUUUCAAAAUGCUUUUUUCUUUGCUGCAUUUAUAUUUGUGGGGUUUUGCUAUCGUCGAAUGUGUUUGGCAAUAACAAAAUCUCACUCUCGUGACACACACAGAACUGUUAGACUAACAUUUCUCAUUGCACUGUUGCUAUUUUUCAGUUGGACUCCAUAUAACAUUGCUAUGUUCCUGAGAUCUUUGACCGAUCAGAAUAUCUAUCCAUUUACCAUCUGUGAAGUAAGCAAAACAGUCGACUACGCAUAUUACGUUUGCCGACUGAUAGCUUUCUCACACUGUAGUGUAAAUCCAGCAUUUUUCAUUUUUGAUGAUGCAAAUUUCUGCAAACAUUUACGAAUCCGUCCAAGGAAGAUCAUCUCAAAUAAUGAUGUCUAUGAAUAA